AUGGUGCGGAAAGACAAGAAGCCUAAGAGGUCAACCUGGAAGUUUAGUUUGGACCUUACUCAUCCAGUAGAAGAUGGAAUUUUUGACUCUGGAAAUUUUGAACAGCUUCUGUGGGAAAAGGUUAAAGUCCAUGGGAAAACUGGCAACCUUGGAAAUGUAGUUCACAUUGAACACCUCAAGAAUAAAAUCACAGGGACCAGCAUUGUUUCCGAGAAACAGUUCUCUAAAAGGUAUUUGAAAUACCUCACCAAGAAAUACCUUAAGAGGAACAACCUUCAUGAUUGGCUUCGUGUGGUUGCACCUGACAAGGAGACACAAGCUUCAUUGCUUCCAGAUUAG